AUGAGUCACACUCCAUUACAGCGACCAUAUUUCACUGACUCUGAUGUGUCCUGGCUGGAGGGUCAGUGCAGUGGAGAGGGCUACCGUGGAGUGGACAUUCUCCUCACCUCUGAUUGGCCCGGGGCAGUGGACAAGUUCACAGUGGCUCCUGUGAGACCUAGCUCCCAGUUAUUCUCUACACCAAACCUUCAGAGGGCUCUUGAUUCCGCUCAUCGCAAACAGAAGAGACAACAGGACGGAGGACCCCCUGCAAAGCGACGACCCCCUCCCCAGCCCAGGGGGCCGUGCUGGUUCUGUCUGGGGGGCAAGGAGGUGGAGAAACAUCUCGUGGUCUCCAUCGGAGAUCAUACGUACCUGGCUUUAUCCAAGGGUGGGAUGGUACCAGAGCAUGUGCUGGUUCUACCCAUCGGUCACUUUGCAGCCUCCACUGACGCACCACCAGAGGUUUUGGAGGAGCUUGGAAAGUUUAAGAGUGCUCUGAGGAAGUAUUUCAACAGCAAAGAUCAGUCGUGUGUCAUCUUCGAGAGAAACUACAAAUCACAGCAUCUUCAACUACAGGUUAUUCCAGUGACCAAGAUUCCAUCUGAUGCUCUGAGACAAGCCUUCAUAGAUUAUGGGCAGAGUAUGGGGUGGGGCUUGAGACUGUGCCCAGGGAAACACCACCCUCAGAGACAAACAACCAGAUCACUGAAUAUAGGUUAUAUCUCGUCACACCGACAAUGCACACCCUCUAACCUUUCUAUUGCAUACUCAGCAAAUGUCUCUUCCACAAAUCUGUCAUCAUACCUAUCGAGUGAACACACAAACUGUUCUAGUUCCUGGAACAAUACGUACGGACGUUUCUCUCUCCAAUUUGGAAGGGAGGUGUUGGCUGCUCCUCUUGUUCUGAAUCUGCCCAAUUAGGAAGUCGUGUCUGGCAACAAAGGACGAUGAGACGAAAGUUGCUCUAGAUAUGAGGAAGACUUUGAUUUCACUGUUGUUAACAAUUCUCAUUUUCAC